AGAAGACUGAUUACUCUAUUCCGUUGCUGGUUGAAGAAUCAUAUUCCGCCGACGCGCAUUUCUAGCGAGUUGAUGAAACGCACUCCUGGUCUAAGCCACGAAACAGCGAACGCAUAAUCACGCAAUGCAGAGCGCGAGUGGAUUGGAAAUGUGGGGUCAGAGUUCUUCCUUCUGGGUAGCGUAGCAGCCAACGUCAUUUCUUUGGCUUUCUUCCUCACAACCGCUCUCCAGACAUUGGACCCAUCCCCUCCGUCGCGGAACUCCCCUCUCUCUCUCUAGACGAUAUGCUUAGAUAUAUAUAACAAGUAUAUAUGUAUCCUUCUCUUUGUUUUUGCGAUUUAGCCGGAGAAGAGGGGGUUGUUCGCAUAUAUCGAAGCCCCAACUCAUCUCUCUCCGUAUCUUGAUCCGGGUAGAAAAUUAAACCCUAGCGUUGAAAUCGUUAAAGAUAAUACUUUCUGAGAAAUAUGAAGGAAAGUGUUUGUAUUUCAUCUUGUGCGCUCGUUGUGCAAUGGAGUUGAGUUUUCGUCCGGAUUCCGGGGGAGUUUUUGUAGAAUCUAGAUCACCCCGCGGAUGCGUAAGUUUGAAGUAGAAUUUCUUUGAAUGUCAUCGCCAAUGACAUUUGAUUGAGUGGAGCUAGGAUUGAUUAUUGAUAUUUCGCCAUUUCCUUUGGAUUGAGCUUGCAUGAGUGAAUUAGGGAUUGAUUUGGGAUGUCUUGCGACGACUAUAAUGCUUUGGUUUGUGGCCGUUAGAUAGAUCUUUGGUUGUGGCAGGCAGUUGUCAGUUUAGUGUAGGCUUGCAUUCUCCCCAUUCUUCAGAAUGAGCCUAGAUAGUGAAGAUCGGCAGCUGCCAGAAUGCUCUGCCAGUAUACAUAGCGAGAAGCAUUCAAAGAUAUCUUACACAAGAGAGUUCAUUUUGUCCUUGAGUGAGUUGGAGAUAUGCCAAAAGCUACCAAGUGGGAUUGAUCACUCGAUUCUGAGUGAGUUGGAGAGUACUUCACUUGCCACAACACCCGAUCGCCAAAGAGUUCUUGGCGGUCCUCCUUCACAAGGUUUCAGACGCAAUGAUUAUGGUUCAUCCCCACCUCCCAGAGGGAUUUAUGGGAGAUGGGAUAACCGUUUUUUCCGCUCGGAGUGAUCAAGAAAGUGAUGCCCACUCUGUUCGGGAAUCAGAAUCUAUUAGGCGUCCAACCAAUCAACCUCGGCGGCCUGGGCAGAGUUCUGAGCAUGAUGGGCUUCUUGGAAGCGGUUCAUUCCCCAGACCAUCUGUCUACACACCUUCUGGAGUGCCUCCUCCAAAACCACGGGGCAGUGAUCAAUAUCAACAUAAUAAGAGCAAUGAGCCAUAUCAACCUCCCCGCCCCUACAAGGCAGGACCUCAAUCUCGCCGAGAUGCCACUGAUUCAUUCAACAACGAGACGUUUGGUUCAGAUGAUAGUGCAAGUCAUGAUAAAGUGGAAGAGGAAAGGAGGAGGAGAGCAUCUUUUGAGUUAAUGAGGAAGGAGCAACAUAAGACUGCUCUUCCAAAGAAGCAGCUAUUGGAUCUGGACAAAACUGAAACUGAUUGCUUAUCGGACCCUGUCAUGCCUUCACUGGCAGAAGAUGUUAAUGCUGAAAGAAAGAUUUAUGGAAGAAAGGAAUUGGACGCAUCUACCAAUUUACCUGAAACCGAUAACGAUUCUGGGAAAUCAUCUCUUCUUUCUCAAGGUUCAGCAUCAAGACCGCUUAUACCCCCUGGUUUUAGAAGCGCUCUCUUGGAGAAGGACUCUGGACAUAAAGCUUUGAUUCACCCUUCUUUGAAACAGGCUGGGAAACCUGAAACUGCGGAAAGCUUAGUACAUUCUCCCACGGGCCCUAUCCAAAAUGUCAUUUUUGAUAGCUUGGACAAACAGUCAUCACUGUCAUCAAAAGAACUUUGCCCAAUCAACAAACAGCUUGAUGAUAAGAGCAUGAUUGUACCUCCUCUGAAGAAGGGCAAUCAGAUAGAUGUUUCUAAUAAAAGGGAUUGGAUGGAUGAGAACAUACAUCACCCUUCAGGUAUUUUUGAUGCCCAAAAACUCAUGGAAAAUCCAGAAAUCAUCGAGCUUGGUGCUGUAUUUCCAGGGCAGAAGUUUGAAGGGAAGUCUAAAUUGAACCAAUCAUCAUCUAUACUGGAUAAAAUAUUUGGUGGUUCUGUAUUAAUGGAUGAUGAAUCUGAGAACCAAAAGACAAAUCCUGAUGAUAAAUGGAACUCCAGAAACAUUCAGUCUUCCAAGUUUGCUCAUUGGUUCUCUGAAGAAGAUAAUAAGCAAAAAGACAAUGCAUCAACUAAUAUACCAAAGGAUGUACUUCCAUUAGUUGAUGGCGGCGAUGUUAGCAGACCACAAGUUUGUGAUGAUGUGAACUCUAUUGAUACCAUUCUGUCUAAUGCACUAUCUGCUGCAUCACCUGAUGUAUGUGAACCCCCACAAUUUGCAACUGGUAAAGACGAUCCAGUCCCGACCGUCCUUACUUGUGAAGAUCUUGAGCAGACUAUUUUGUCAGAGUACAGUGAAAAAAGUUCGAACUUGCAAUCACUGUUUCCAUCCUGGAGCACAAACUCUAAGCCCAAAGAACAAAGAGAGGAGCCUGUUGAUGAUCAUGCAUCUCAGCACCUUCUUUCUUUGUUACAGAAAGGACCAGAUCUUGAAAGCAACAAUAAGUUCCCUAAUUCUAGUACAGAAGAUAAUAAUAAGCCUGUGGAUGAAGAAAAUCACACUCUUGGUAAAGCAAUCACUCUUGAAACUCUUUUUGGAUCUGCCUUUAUGAAUGAGCUGCAAUCGAUGCAAGCUCCGGUUUCAGUUGGGCAGAAAGAUGGCUUUGAAUCUCAAACUGAAGCAAACUUGGCUGAUAGAGAGAGAACUAAUAAAAUUGACAAGACAGAUAACUUGUUAGGGUUGGAUGAUUCUCAAACUGAACUGAACCUGAAGUACCAAAAUGAUUGGUCAUCAUACAAAAACAGUGAUUCUGUUGGGUUACAAGGAUUUCAGCUUCCGGAAGAUGAGAGCUUAAUAUUUAGUAGUGAUAACACAGUAAACCCUAAGGUUUCACCUUAUGGGGAUGAUAGAACUUUGAAUCAAGGUGAGUUUUUGUUACCUAGUGGCUCAAGAGGAGCAUCUAUUCUGCAUGGUGCACGUGAUCAUCAGGUGGAGACCAAGAUAUUUCACAAUCUUCCCGCUCAGCCAUCUGCUUCACUGUUCCAUCCUAUGCAAUAUAGUCAAGGGAGAUCAUCACCAGUUCACCCAUUUGAGACACUUCCUUCUCAUUCAAAUUCACAUAUGAAGUUUUUGGGUCCAGAUAUUACAAGUCACCAGUUUUCAGGAAAUAUGAUGCGCCCUCUGAUUCAUCAUGCAGGGUUUGAUCUUCCUAAUCAACAUAGUAUGCAAAUGCAGGGAAAUUAUCCUCACAUGUUGCAUGAUCGGAUGAGGAGUGGUCCGGCUCCUCGUCCUGGCGGCAAUCAGCCAGCUGCUUUUUUCCAGGAACGGAACCAGAUGCUAAAUUUUCCAUUUGGGGUGCGUCCACCUCGCCAACCCAGCAUCGAUGGUUUUGGGAUUCCAAUGCCAGCUGAUAUUAUUAAUGGUGGAGGUAAUCAGCCUCCUGAAGCAAUUCAGAGACGUCUUGAAAUGGAACUCAGGGGGAGUCCAAAGCAAAUCCACCCUUUUGCUGCUACUGCAAAUAGCCAAGGAAUGUAUGGCCAUGAGCUUGACAUGGGACUGCGAUAUAGAUAGAUAGAGAAAGAGAGAGGCUGCCUCCUUCCAUUGAAGCUAUAAGUUCAAGCCAAUGCUCUAUUGGUGCUAUGUGCUCAAUGUAUAAUAUUUUUGAAAAUCCAAGUGCCAUUUAGAUGUUAAAAACUAAACGUGCAUGCAUAUCUGUAAACUGUGGGGUACCCUGUACAGAGAACGCAUGUGCAAGGAAAUGUGUAGUGGCAAACAUUUCUUGCUUCUGGUUUGCAUUCCUUCUGUUUAGACACUAUUCUCUUUUCUUAUAAAAACAUCUUUUCAUGGUUUUGUAUCAUCUUGAUACUAUUCUGUCUGUGUAGCUUCAUUUUGUACAGAACAUUUUUUUGUCUGUUUUUUUCACCCCAAAAUUCUGUUGAGCUCAUGGAUAUACAUUCGUCUAACUUCCAAC